GUUUUAGCGUGCAAAGACAGUUUACUAGGGACGUUUCCGUAAACACACAGUGAUAUCAGACGGGCGUAUAGCCACCGCUGCGCAUGCGCACAGAGCAGCAGAACUGACAUCGCGGGGCAGCACUGCAAUAUCCAUCGAUUCGGGACCGAAGAUUAUCCAUCUGCAUUCUCGCAAGACUGGUGCCACCUGUACAUACUAAUCCAUACCAACUGUGUCAUUGAAGCAACAAUGUCCAUGGGAAGUGACUUUGGGAACCCUUUACGGAAAUUCAAACUUGUUUUUUUAGGGGAGCAAAGCGUUGGGAAAACAUCGCUGAUAACAAGGUUCAUGUAUGACAGCUUUGACAACACUUAUCAGGCAACUAUUGGAAUCGACUUUUUAUCAAAAACCAUGUAUCUGGAGGACCGAACUGUGAGGUUACAGCUAUGGGACACCGCAGGGCAGGAGCGUUUUAGGAGUCUUAUCCCAAGCUACAUUAGAGACUCCACAGUGGCUGUGGUGGUGUAUGAUAUUACAAAUGUCAAUUCUUUCCAGCUUACCUCCAAAUGGAUUGACGAUGUCAGAACAGAGAGGGGAAGUGAUGUCAUUAUCAUGCUGGUGGGCAAUAAAACAGAUCUAGAGGAAAAGAGGCAAAUCAGUAUAGAGGAGGGCGAGCAGCGGGCCAAAGAGCUGAAUGUGAUGUUUAUAGAGACUAGUGCAAAGACUGGCAGCAACGUUAAACAGUUGUUCCGGAGAGUGGCUGCAGCUUUGCCCGGAAUGGAAAGCUUAGAUGAUAACAACAAAGAAGGAAUGAUCGACAUUAAGCUGGACAAACAGCCAGACCCUCCGGCCACUGAGAGUGGGUGCUCCUGUUAGUAAAAAGCGGUUCGGACCUUCAUUAUCACCACAUGCUUGUUCUGUUGCUUCCUAUGGGUCCACGUCCAGUUGAACUUUAUGAUCGGAUAUAGGCUUUUUACAUCUGAAUGGGUCUUAAAUUAUGUUCCUUAAUCUACACUGUCUGUUUAAUUGCCAAAAUAAUAUCAUAGGUAAUUCAAAGUGACUUGCUAACAGAUUCAUGUAAGACAGGAAGUGGCAUGUGUACCAUCUUCGGACAAAAAAACAUUCAGAGUGGAUUAUCGGUCGUUAUGUUUUGUA